AUGUGCCAUACGAUCCGUUCGCUCAUCCAAUUAUCUACUGUUGCUGUGCGACCAACACUCUACAAACAAGAUUUGAUCAGCAUUGUGCUCCAAACUGACGGCCUAUUAUCAUCAAAUAUCACGAAGCGGCUACAACGAUUACUAAAAUUGGUAUGUCAUUUAUCACCCAUGAAACGGGACGUAAGAGUAGACUUCGAGCAUGUAGUAAGGACAAAAAAACAAAAACUGAACUUACGCACACUUACACCUUUUGACCACAAUUAUAUAAGGAAAAAGAGGGAAGAGGACAAAAAAAUCAGCGCAAUACAUAAGAGUCUGAAAGCAAAUGAAAAAAAAUUCAAAAAGAAAAAGGCUGUGCCCAGUAACGUUGAGGUACCAAGUAAUUUGAAAACCAAACUACUUCCCUAUCAGAAACGAGGGCUCGAUUGGAUGGUCAGCUGUGAACAAUCCCCUGUCAACGGGGGUAUUCUAGCCGACGAAAUGGGACUGGGAAAGACCAUACAGAUCUUAUCAUUGAUACUAACCGGACAUCAAGGUGAUAUUAAUUUAGUUAUAGCACCAGUUGUGGCCUUGAAUCAGUGGAAGAGCGAAGUAGCGAAACACACUUUGGGAAUAAAUGUGAUAUCACAGGACAACCAAAAACUGAAAAGUGACCAAAUCAAUGUUAUACUUAGCAGUUAUGGAAAGAUUGAAAGCAUCUAUAGGCGGAAUAAAAACCUGGUAAAAGCUGGCGGGUCUAGCAGUCUAAUAAAAACGGGGAAACCUGGCGAUUUACAGCAGCAAAUUGCGAGCAAAUAUGAUGAUAAUGAUAAUACUUUCCUGUUCAGCAGUAUAUACGAGCUGCAUUUUCGGAGAAUCAUUCUCGAUGAAGCGCACGCGAUCAAAGAUUCGCGAAGCAGCACUAAUACAGCAAUAAGCCGGUUAAACAGCGACAAAAGAUGGGGUGUUACUGGAACACCUGUUCAAAACCGAGUGAGCGAUUUAUUUUCGCUCAUCAAGUUUUUAAAAAUAGCACCGCUGGGGCAGUAUUUCUGCAAAAAAUGCGAGUGUGCAUCAUUUGUUUGGCUUAACCACGGUGUGCGAAGAGGAUUUUGCUCAUGUGGUCAUUUUGGAUCGCAGCAUUUCGGCUGGUGGAACAGGAAAAUAACCACACCAGUGAAACUUUUCGGGCUGACAACUCGCAACAGAAAAAUUUUCAAGUUGAUAGAACGAAUUAGCAAACAUUUUAUACUGCGAAGAACAAAGGUUAAAUUGGAAAAAGAACUCGGUCUCCCGAGUAAGCAGUUGCGCAUUAUUCGUUCGUAUUUCAGCAAGGAGGAGAAAGAGUUUUAUGAGAGCAUCUACAAGAAGACAAAGUUGGAGUUCAACGCGUAUAUCAGUCAAUGCGAUACAUCGUAUGUCAACAUCUUUUCGCUGAUACAGAAGCUGCGAAUGGCAGCUAACCAUCCAUUCUUACUUUCCAAGAAGAAUGCGCUAAUUUGCUCACUUUGUCACGAGGAGAUUUUUGAGCCUGUAUGGUCAAAAUGCGGACAUAUGUUCUGCAGAAAAGAAGCCGAGAUGUAUUUUUCAGCAAAUAGAAAGUGCCCAGUGUGCCAUCUGAAAAUCACGAUAGAUUUCUUCGAUGAAAGGGCCAUUAAAGAGUUGAAAUAUGCGAACGAGAGUACAAUAGUGGAUAAUGAUGCUGAUACUGGUAAUAAUACCGAUUUGGCAAAUGAACACGAUUCUAUUUAUGGCAUAUGUGGCGCUAGAAAAACCGACUCGAAGAAUGAAAGCAGCACGCGUGUGACCGAUCAAGAUUUUUUGGACAAGGACAUGCCAUUCUAUGGACAGAAUUCAAUAUCCAAAUAUAUUUCGGAGGGCGAGGCAGAGCAUAGCAUCCCGAGAGGCGUUAAAGGGAGCGUGGUUGACAUAGGCAACUGGAGAAGUAGCACAAAGAUGGAAACGUUAAUGGAAAUGCUGUACAAUAUACAGUCAAAUGCGCGUACUUCAUCCAACAAGUCAAUUAUUUUUUCGCAAUUCGUUAAUUUUCUUGAAAUGCUAUCAUGGCGGCUCGAGCGAGCUGGGUUCAGAUGUGUUAAGAUAUAUGGUUCGAUGCCGCAGACACAAAGAAAGGCAAGCAUAGAAUCGUUUCAGAAUGAUUCGACAAUUAAGAUAUUUCUGAUAUCGCUCAAGGCUGGUGGUCUGGCAUUGAAUUUAACCGAGGCGAACAAUGUUUUCCUGAUGGACCCGUGGUGGAACCCAGCAGUUGAAGAACAAGCCAUGGACAGAAUACACAGGAUAGGGCAGUUUAGGCCGAUAAACAUUUAUAAAAUCGUAAUUGAGGACUCGAUCGAAUCAAAAAUAGUUGAAUUACAGAAGAAGAAAAAAGCGUUGUUUAAUUCCACUGUUGAGAAUGAUUGUGGCGCGCUAGAAAAGUUAGAACGCGAGGACCUGAUCUUUUUAUUCAAUUAG